CACUUAUGACAUAAGGGUGGCUCAGCCAGCUCGAAAUUGUGAGAGACCACGCAAGACAACUCGCAGCAAGAUCGACAUCGAAGCCACGAGGAGAAUAGGGGACUUUGAAUGAGAAAAAAACAAGACACUUCUCCAAAACAUCCCUCGCUAGUUUUCCACGCACUUCCACCACGAUAUCGACGAUACGAGACUCUUUGGGUUCUCGCCAAAGGCCCCUGUCAUCAACAUUAACAUCACCCACCCGCUCUUUCGUCGACCCCCAACGUUCCUUGUCACUGCCCAGUGCCGACUUUUGGAGCUUUAACUUACCGUCUCGAAUUCUGACUUUUCAUUACAAUCUCUUUGCUUGACUCUGGCUUACUACGACCUGUCGCGCCGGAUUCAGCUUCCACUUUCGACUGUUGAUGCCUUCAUGAGUGAGACGACUGGGCGUGGGUGAAGCGGGUAGAGUCACCCUCGACCCUCGCUGUCGAGAGGAAGCAUUUGUUUUAUUAUCAUGGAGCCAACUAACGGAGAAGGGCCUGAUGGCUCUUCACUUAAGCCGGUAUCCUCAUUACGAGCCCGAUUCGAGAACAUGGGCAACUCGACCAACUCCAACGUCAGCAAACCUGUCGAUGUCCCGCCUACUACGGCUCCAGCUGCCACCGGACCUCCUUCGCGACCUAUCUCCCCAGCUCCCAAACCGAACCGUCUUCGUGAUUUCAAACCUGGACAAGAAGUACCGCCGGCCAGUCCUUCGACCCCAGCAAUCCCUGCGAGACCAAAGCCUAAGCCAGCGGCACUGUCUGUUAAUCACGAUGCCCCUCCCCCGCCGACGUCCGCACGACCAGCUCCGACCCCGAAACCACAAACAGUUCAGCUGCAACAACCACCUGCGUCGGCUACGCUUCCAGCUGUGACAGUUCUUCCACCACAAUCGCCCCCGAAGGGUCGAAUCUCAGCACUGGCAGUUGGAGACCAACCUUCAUUCGUAAACCCAGAUGCUGUCGCGACACCUCCAACACCAACCGGCGGUAGCCGAUCCUUCAAGAUUCCAAGUCGAUCACUUAAUACUUCACCAUCUUUCAAUGCUCCUAAGUCUCCUCGCCCUGGCGGUUCGAGGCCGCCGUCACCGCCUCCACCUAGACGUUCUGGAGAGCUGAUCAGGACUCGAGAACCCAAGGUUCCUCCUCCGCCGCCAGCCCCUCGCAAUGAAAAGGCACUGAUACCUGCGCCUCCCAAGAUCGCAUCGCUUUCUGGGCCAACAGUCAUUGGGAAGGGUGGCAUCUCCCAGGAAAACUCACCAUUUAACAGUCCGCCAAGUAGCUUGGGAUCUGGGGAGGAGACACCUCCAAAACUACCAACACGACCAAGGCCACAAUCGCACAUUGAACCAAGCAGGCCAAAAUCUGUGGUUGUGGGUUUCGAUCCUCCGCCUGUUCAUCAUUCGAUCACGACUAUGAGAAAGGAUCGUGAAGAGGCCAAUGGGUUCUCAAGAGGCCAUAUAACUCCUCAGGUAACUGGCGAGCCUCGGCCAGCACUACCAGCAAGACCUGCAAACUUUGACAUCCCGCCUCGACCUCCUCCAGUAAACAAUAAUAGUAAUAACAUGCCUCCUCCCCCACGACCACAACGCCCCACUGCAACGACAGCAGUGCAAGCCGUCGAUCCGGCGCCUACUUCUUCACCACCUAAGCGAGUUGUUUCAACCCCUACGACACAGCAACCUCAGCAACAGCUUGCAGCUCCUUCACGAGGUCAUGGCAGGUCUAUGACGAUAGAUAGAGCAUCUGACCGAACACCAGCCGAGUUCCGUAUCGCCCCGACGACCGUUGCCGCCCCGAUUGCUGCUGCCGCACCUCCAAAGUCUGUACAAUCCACUCCAGUUGUUGCCGCAAAAAUUGCUCCAAAGGCUGAGCCUAUCCAUCACGUCACGACAUAUCCCGAGGCUUCAAACACCAAUCGACGACCACCCUUCAGCAAGCAUGGAACUUAUGAGAUUCCAACAAAGUAUGAUGCGAGAAGUUUCGACGUUUGUGGUGAAUUUAUUUGCGCCAGUGGUUACAUGACAAGAGUGUGGAGUCUCAUAGACGGCGAGCAAAUUAUGAGCUUACAGCAUACUGAGGGAGUCAAGGCGACAGCGGUAAGCUUCAAACCUGCUGCUGACCCGCGAGAAGAAGGCAAGAGGAUAUGGAUCGGUACCAAUACAGGAGACCUCAUGGAAGUCGAGGUAGCGACGCAUGCCAUAACACCGAGCAAGCCAAAUGUCCAUGGUCGAAACGAAGUUGUACGAAUAUUCCGACAUUGGAACGAAAUCUGGACUAUGGAUGAAUCGGGAACACUACUCGUGUGGGGACCGGAUGAGAAAGCAGUUGCAAACAUCACAGGACAUCCGACUCAGAGUUACAAGCUUCCAAAAGGACACACUCAUUCCAUGGUUAUCGGGGAUUAUCUUUGGCAUGCGACAGGCAAGGAGAUUCGAGUAUUUGCGCCUACAGUCGAUGGACGAACCCAAUUUCAAGUGCUCGUUCGUCCCCUGAUAGCGGAUAGUGCCGGCGAGGUUACUUCUGGCACUCUUGUCAAGUCACAUCCGGAUAAGGUCUUCUUUGGUCAUGUGGAUGGCAAGGUGACUGUCUACAAUACCAAUGACUAUUCAUGUGUGAUGAUGAUGAACAUCAGCACAUGGAAGAUCAACGCAUUGGCGAGUGCAGGCAACUACAUCUGGGCGGCGUACAACACCGGUAAAAUAUGUGUGUAUGACGUGGAGGAGGCACCUUGGGUCAUUCUCAAAGAGUGGCAGGGGCAUGAGAAUCCCAUUGUCAAGAUGGCCGCCGACCCCUCUUGCUCAUAUUUCCUGGACCGACAGCAAAUCAUUUCAUUGGGAGCUGAUAACAAGAUUAAAGCAUGGGAUGGCUUGCUUGAGGAUGACUUCCUCGAAGAUUCAAUGAAGUCGAAAGAUACUCAAUACUGCGACUUCGACGAAAUACGAGCCCUGUUCUUUACUUGGAAUGCCGGAGCAUCGACACCUUCGAGUCUACGACAUUCUGAUGGCGAUUCAACAUUCUUCCAAGAUCUUGUUCAGUCUAGUGGCUCGCCAGAUAUCCUUGUGUUUGGUUUCCAGGAACUUGUGGACUUGGAGGAUAAGAAGUUGACGGCCAAACGAUUCUUGAAGCCCAAGAAAAAAGAAGCGGGAACAGACCAGGAACGAAUGAGCCACCAGUACCGAGAUUGGCGCGACUUUUUGAUGAAGACCCUCGAUGACUACAUGCCAGCAGACGAUUUAUAUCACCUCCUUCAUACAGCACCUAUGGUUGGAUUGUUCACCUGUGUCUUUGUGAAAGCAACCCUACGAGAUAGGAUCAGGGGCCUCCAAGGCGCUGAGGUCAAGCGAGGUAUGGGUGGCUUGCACGGUAACAAGGGCUGUGUUGCCGUACGCUUCCGAGUUGAUGACACCUCCAUCUGCCUCGUCAAUUGCCAUUUGGCUGCCGGACAGUCACAAGCGAACGCCCGACACAAUGACAUUGCAGCCAUUCUUGAAGCUAAUCUUUUUGCUGUUGAACGAGAUUCUGCUUCUCGCAUUGACAGCUUCGUUGGUGGCGGUGAUGGCAGUCUGAUCAUGGAUCAUGAGCUGUGUAUUCUCAAUGGCGACUUGAACUACCGAAUUGAUACCAUGUCUCGUGAUACUGUUGUUACAGCAGUCAAACAGAACAAUCUGGGCAAACUCCUCGAACGAGACCAGCUUUUGGUGGCACGAAGACGAAAUCCAGCAUUCAAGCUUCGGGCUUUUGAAGAAAUGCCCAUCACAUUUGCGCCAACUUAUAAGUACGACGUUGGCACUGACAACUACGACACCAGCGAGAAGAGACGAAGCCCUGCCUGGUGUGACCGACUACUAUACAGGGGGCGAGGCCGUGUCGAACAAUUUGAUUACAGACGGCAUGAGGUUCGAGUGAGUGACCACCGUCCUGUAACUGGAACUUUCAACCUUUGGGUCAAGAAGGUCGAUCCAAGAGGUCGAGCAACAGCUUGGAUGGAAAGUCAACAGAGCUUCGAAGAUAUGCGGGAGAAAGAAACGUCCGAAGACAAACUUUUGUUCUUAAGGGAUACUUGCGGCUUUGACGAAGAAACGAGCAAGAGGCUCAUUAGAGAGAAGUCAGCGAGACGUGACAACCGCAGUCCCGUUCGCGCUUAGUUAUCUACUCAAUACCCAGACGGCAAAGUCGUCUUGAUUCCUAAAAACACAGCACAGAAAAGACACGAGAUGCGUAUGAACGAGUUGGAUUGAUGAUUUAUCGGAGUAAAAAGCAGGUUGGGGAGAUUUCUAAAGGAAUGCGGAUGUGAUAGUGAGUAUCACGGAUAAGGGCGUGCGCAGGCGAUAGACUAGUUGUUUUUACUACAUUUCUUGUCUUUGUUGAUAGCUGGAGGUACGUUAGACAUUGACAUGGACACAUGAGAGGAUUGUGGACAUUUAUGAUAGACGUUUGGUCACCCAAGGAGGAGGAGAUACGGGGAAUAGCUGAUGAUGAAAGACGAGAUAAGGGAAAAUAUAAGACAUUGAGGUGUCGGACGAUUUAGUGUGUGAGAACAAAUGUUGGUUGUUAAUUCAACAUAUUGGAGUCUGAUAAACAUGAUCAGCUUUAGCGGUGAGCUGCCCUUGUUCGGUCAUCUCAAAUCUACAUUUCGGAAGCUCUAUCGAGAUUAUAAAGUCAAUUUACUGUUAAUGGAG